UGAUGUUCAUAUUAUUCGAGCCCUGCACCUUCUCCACUAAUUUUGUUUUUGUACGGAGAUAUCCUCCUCCAGCUUAAGGUCCGAAAGCUUCGUAACACGAAACUAUCUUUCCCGUCGCCCAAACAAGUACACCAACGGCGACCGUAAGCAUUUGGAACAAGAAAGCUGCGUUAGACUGCGAAGGGUAUGCGUCGAAAAGGACGAAAAGACCAGUAAUCCCAAAAACUGAAUUAUCGGGUUCGCGCUUUUUCAUUGAAUCCGCAGUCCGUGCCCUCUCUCUCUCUCUCUCUCAACCCUAAACCUAGCUCAACCAUUCAGUCGAGAGCUUCUUCGUUCACUCUAUUGAUAAAUUCAGGGUCAUGCAAUGGAAACAUUAAACGAGUCAGUUAUAGUUAAAUCUAGUAGAUUAAAAUCUGUUGUAUGGAAUGACUUUGAUAGGGUUAAAAGUGGCGACACCUGUGUGGCUGUCUGCAGGCACUGCAAAAAGAAACUUAGUGGAUCAAGUACUAGUGGAACAUCUCAUCUGAGAAAUCAUUUAUUUAGGUGUCGGAGAAGAUCUAAUCAUGAUAUAGCUCAAAUGGUUGCAGCAAGGGAAAAGAAAAAGGAGGGAACCGUUACUCUUCCAACUUACAAUUUUGCUUCAGAGCAGAAAAAGGAUGAAAUGCUUCAGCUUGUGAAUGUUAAAUUUGAACAGGAGCAAAUGCAAGAUAGUCCCAUUGAUCAUGGAAAUGUUAAUUUUGAUCAAAACCAGAGUCAUGUUGAUCUUGCCCGCAUGAUUAUUUUACAUGCUUAUCCUUUGGCUAUGGUUGAGCAUGAUGGGUUCAGAAUUUUUGUUAAGAAUCUCCAACCAUUAUUUGAGCAUGUUUCAUUGAGUAGAAUUGAGAUUUACUGUAAGGAAAUUUAUGAGAAAGAGAAACAAAAAGUGUAUGAAGUGUUUGAUAAAUUGCCUGGUAAAAUCAGCCUUGGUUUUGAUACAUGGGCUGCUCCAGAAGAUGCUGUAUACUUGUGUUUGACAGCACACUACAUUGAUGAAGCUUGGCAAUUAAACAAGAAAAUUCUAAACUUCAUGAUGAUUACUUGUUAUGCAGAAGACUCGCUUUCAGAAGUUAUUAUGACAUGCCUAAUGGAUUGGGAUAUUGAUCGCAAGUUGUUCUCCAUUACGUUUGAUUGUUGUCCCACAAAUGACAAUGUUGUCUUUAGAGUUAAGGAUCGACUUUCCCAAAACAAGUUUCUUUUAUGUAAUGGUAAACUAUUUGAUGUACGCUGUGCAGCAAAUGUUCUCAAAUUGAUUGUCCUAGAUGCAUUGGAAGGAUCUUGUGAGGUAAUACAUAAGAUUCGAGACAGCAUUCUGUACAUUAGAAGUUCACAAACAGUGCAGCAGAAGUUCAAUGAGAUGGCUCAACAAGUUGGGAUUGAUUGUCGGAAGUGCUUACGUUUGGAUAAUCGGUUGCAAUGGAACUCUACAUAUGUUAUGCUUGAAGCUGCCUUGGAGUACCGAAAUGCAUUUGUACUUCUGCGAGAACAUGACCCUGUCCACACAAUUUGUCCAUCUGAUAUUGAGUGGGACAGAGUAACUAUCAUCGUAAGCUACUUGAAGCUUUUCUUUGAAGUUACUAGUGCUUUCACAAGAUGCAAGUCCCCGACUGCAAAUUUAUAUUUUCCUGAGAUCUGUGAUAUUCACUUGCAGUUGAUUGAGUGGUGUAAGAACUCUGAUGAUUAUAUUAGCUUCUUGACAUUGAAAAUGAAAAGCAGGUUUGAUGAAUUUUGGAGCAAAUGCAGCUUGGCUUUAGCAGUUGCAGCCAUCUUUGAUCCUCGCUUUAAGAUGAAGUUGAUAGAAUAUUACUAUCCACAAAUUUACGGAGGUGAUGCCCAAGUCCACAUUGAUUAUGUUUCUGACACUAUUAAAGAACUUUUCAACGAACACGCUAUCUGUUCUCCCUUAGCUUCUCUUGAUCAAGGUCUAUCUUGGCAAGUGAGCAGCAGUGUUGGGCCUAAUUCUGGCUAUACGCCUAGUGCUGUCAACGACUCUAGGGAUAGGCUGACUGGAUUUGAUAUGUUCCUGCAUGAAACUUCACAGAGUGAAAGCAUUCAGUCAGAAUUGGACAAGUACUUGGAGGAACCUCUCUUUCCUCGUAAUGUUGAUUUUAGUGUACUAGAUUGGUGGAAAAUCCAAACACCCAGGUAUCCUAUCCUAUCUAUGAUGGCACGCAACAUUUUGGGAAUUCCUGUGUCGAAAGUUUCAUUACAGUCUGCAUUCAACACUGGAGGCAAAGUGCUGGAUCAUAUACAGAGCUCACUUAGCCCAGAUACUAUGCAGGCUUUGAUGUGUGCGCGAGACUGGAUGCAGAAUGUGCAAGAUGGAAACUGUUCUUACUAGAGAUGUGAUGGCAGUUAAUCUCGUGCACCUAGCAGUGAUUCUUAUUAGAGACUCACCAUGACGGAGGUUAGUACUUGAUUUGAAGGGUAAAUUUUGAAUGUGCUCUUAUUGACAGGAAUAACCUUUGGAAAGCCAGUUUACAUCAUUUCUAUAGGACCAUUUUGUAAAUCAAAUGAGGUUGGAAAUAUGGAUAAAGUGACAUUUCAUUCCCAAAAUAGCAUGGGGGGAUGAUGGUCAUGCCUGUGAUGUUGAAUUAAGGCCUUAAUGAUGAUUGGCAGAAGUAUCUGCUUUGGUAGAAAGAGCUUUCAGAAAUACCGUGUAUAGAAAGGGAUUUCAUUUUUGACUUGCAGAACAAAAUCAAAUUUUCUGGUAAAAGCUUCUGAGUUUCUUUCAACUACCAUGUGGUAUUGACUGGGGGUUUGGGGGUAUUGGAUGUCCAUGAUUAUGGAGCUAUGGAUGAACAGGUUUCUGUUUUUUUGUUAAGAAAUUUUUUCUUCUAGCUUCUGAUUCCUCUAUGAGAUGAACCCUAAAAGAAGGGAUUACCUCUUCAGUUGUUCCCACACAGGGUAUGAAUAUUUUUUCUUUUUUUCCUUAAAAAAAAAAAGAUAAAAGAAAAAGGAGAGGGCUAUGUUAGUUGAAGUUUCCUAACCUUUGAAAUUUCCAAAUUGCUGAUAAUAUUUAUUAGAUUUUUGGUAUGAUUUUUAUAACUUAUUAAAAUUAUGUUUUCAAAAAAAAAAAAAAGUUUAUGGUCAUUAAAAAUGUUUUAAUAUUUUGUGUUUCUUGGGGUUUUUUCUAAUUUAAUCGACUCCAUGUUUGGUGCAGAUUACCGAUACUAGAAGUUGACUCAUGAAUAUUCACAGUGAAAAUUGAAGGAUAAAACUGAGGGGAUUAAAGAACAAGAUUGAGGGAUUUGAAUUUAGAGGAUAUAUAUAUAUAUACAUAUAUAUAUAUUAACCCUAUUUGAAAAUAUUUAUGUUAUGAUGCAAACAUGUUGAAUGAAGUCCUAGUGUUUUUGGAAAAUGUAUUUUUCUUUUGUUUUAUGGUGACAUUAAAUUAAUAUAUUUAUCUGUAAAUACUAUUUUUGUUUGUAAAUAAUUAUUGUAUUUAUUUGGACUCAUUGAGACAAUUCUUUAGUUGGAUUUGAAUAAAUUUGAUAUUAUUUGGUUGUACAA